AUGCUGCUAUCAUAUACAAACCAAAGUGGAGUGAUGUUCAUCCUCUUGGGCUUCUCUGAAUACCCAAAACUGCAAGUACCACUCUUCCUGAUUUUUAUGGGCAUCUACAUUGUCACCGUGGUAGGGAAUACUGGGAUGAUUGUUAUAGUCAAACUGAACCCCAAACUGCACACUCCCAUGUAUUUUUUCCUCAGUCAUCUCUCAUUCGUGGACUUCUGCUACUCCUCCAUCAUUGUUCCCAAGAUGCUGGUGAACCUAAUUGCAAGGGACAGAACCAUUUCAUUUUCAGGAUGCAUAGCACAGUAUUUUUUCUUCGGCAUCUUUGUUAUAACAGAAGCAUUUUUGUUAGCAGCGAUGGCCUAUGACCGCUUUGUGGCCAUCUGUAGCCCUCUUCUCUACACAGUUGCCAUGUCUCAGAAACUCUGUGCCAUGCUGGUGGUGGGGUCAUAUUCCUGGGGUGUAGCUUGCUCCUUGACACUGACAUGCUCCACCUUGCAGUUGUCUUUUUAUGAUUUCAACAUCAUUGAUCACUUUUUCUGUGAGCUCUCCUCACUGCUCUCCCUCUCUUGCUCAGAUACUUACAUUAAUCAAUUACUCUUGCUCAUUUUUUCUACAUUUAAUGCAGUUGGCACACUGUUCAUCAUUCUCUUCUCUUAUUCAUUCAUAGUUGUCACCAUCAUCAAAAUGCAUUCAGCAAGUGGGCGCCGCAAGGCUUUCGCCACUUGCGCCUCCCACCUGAUGGCCAUUGCCAUCUUCUAUGGUACCAUCCUGUUCCUCUACUGUGUGCCCAAUUCCAGGAACUCCAGGCACACAAUCAGAGUGGGCUCCGUGUUUUACACAGUGGUGAUCCCUAUGCUGAACCCCCUGAUCUACAGUCUGAGAAAUAAGGAUGUGAAAAACAUGGUCCACAAAUUAAUGGACAUUAAGUUCAUGUGCCUACCUGUCCUGAAUUCUGUGCUGUUUUUCUAA